AUGCAGCUCAUAACGGGAUUCUUUUCUGCCCUUUUAUUGGCGUCAAGUGCCAUCCCAUCCGUUGCAGCCCAAAGGGACAGGGAAAGGGAUAGAGGGGGUUGGGGAAGGACCACAGUUAUAAGACAUAGAACAUUUUUUAGAACUGUCACCGAGAGGGUCACAUACGCUAGUACGACUACCAUAACAAGCACCGUACCAUGGAUCGGCACGGCAACCAGAAGAACGACGCACAUAGUGUACAGAGACGCUGAAACAGUCACCGUCGUAAAGACGAUCUCCUCAUGCGAACCUACAAAGCCUACGCUCGCAACCAAAGGACCAAUCCCGAUUGUCCCAAGCGAGAAGGGAGAAGACCCAUACUCUACAUGUCCACCUGUAGCGACUGUCACCGCUAUGAAGAAGUGCGACGGAAACAAACCCCCAUGCCCUAGAGAGAAGAAGUGUAUGGCGAACCAGCCUCAGAUCAACUAUAAUUGCGACUGUCUCAAGGCCCCACCUAGGACUACCACAAUCACAACUGCCUGCCCAGAUGAGUGCUGUGGAGGAUACUUCGCACCGAGGUACAAUUUAAUGGUCCCUGGUGGCAAGUGCACUGGUACCAUGACAGCAGCACCAGAAGUUACAUCGAUCGAGCUGGUGCGACCACCAAAACUCGCUCCAAUCACAGCUUCCGAUGAGGAACCUGAGGGAGAAGAAGGCGAGCUAGUGCGACCACCAAAGCUCGCCCCAAUCCCAGCUGAGGGAGAAGAAGGGGAGGUGAAGGAAGAUGAGAAGAAGGACGAGGAAGAAGGGGAAAAGAAAGAGGAAGAAGGAGAAAAGAAAGAGGAAGAAGGAGAGAAGAAAGAGGAAGAAGGAGAGAAGAAAGAGGAAGAAGGAGAGAAGAAAGAGGAAGAAGGAGAGAAGAAAGAAGAAGGAGAGAAGAAAGAAGAGGGUGAGAAGACUGACGAAGGCGAGAAGAAACCUGACCCCGAGGCAGAGCCAGAAACGGGUGGUGAAGACCCUCUGCCACCCAAGGAGGAUGAAUAA